AUGCUUCGUGUCUCUCUCCGGUCUGUUGCAGACCCGAUUCGGGACUAUUCCUGCCUCUCCUGUCUAGCCCGGCGAUAUGGCGCGCCAGCCGGAGUGCGUCAAUUCCACCGCGCGCCUGUACUGCGCAAUAAUGCUAGCAGCAGCAUUAUAGAGAACAAGUCAGGAGAUGAUGUGCCUGCCGAUUCCCUGGUGAACUCCACAGACAGUGGAUCCUCUACAGUUGAUGGUGAGCUAAAAACCGAAGAUUCAGGAGAGAAGAAGACGAAUAGCGAUGCACAAAAACCGAAAAAGCGAAAUAAAGAGAAAGGAUCGGCCAUUGUGAAAAAGCUCAUUCGGGAAAGUAUGAAACAUCGAAAGGCAGCGAGGGCAGCGUCAGACAAGCCACAGAAGGAGAAAUCAAAACUUUCACAUGUUCAGAAAUAUAUCCUUGAGAAGGAAACUGGCGAGAUUAGCUCCGAGAAUGACAAAAUUACGGCACUGGAUUAUCCUACAGCUCCUGUUCCUGGUCUUUCAUUCGGUCUUGAUCGAACUCUUUUCAACCCUGGCGUGUAUCAACUGCGAGACCCCCGAUCUCGCGUCUACAAUUUUGAUCCUUACCUUUCAUCAAUAAUGCCCAUCAGCGAAUUCGAUUUCAAUACUCUCAAGCCCUAUAUCACUUCGUCCAAGGACGAAUAUCUUCGCAGUGUUGCUGUCAAAGAAAAAAAGAAGUACGUGGGUUCUUCUUCAAGUAUGACAUCAGUUCUCUCGCACUUCCACUACCUCCUAUCUACCUGGAGAGCUGUCGACAUCCGCAGUCUGUCGCAGGGGUUCCCAGAAACCAGAAACACAUUUACACGCCUUCUUCGAGCACCGGCUGCCAUAUUCCUCCACCAUAAGGAUGGUGUGUAUUCUAUCGACGCCGACAAGGAAUUUGACAUGGCCAACGUUCUCAUGAAUCUUGGAAAAUCCAUGGAGAAGUUGCUUACUAUGCCCAAGGAGGAAUUCGAACGGUAUCGACGAACUCACAAGAACAAGAUCACUGCCGAGGAGGAAGAGGCAAUACCCGAAUCUUACCACUACUCCACCUACGGAGAUUUCAUCAUGCGGUCUCAAUUAGAUGCUUAUGAUCCGCGUCUACCUGGCACCGGUAUGUUUGAUCUCAAAACCCGUGCUGUAGUCUCAAUCCGAAUGGAAGCUCAAAAUGUUGAGAAUGGCAUGGGAUACGAAAUAAAAACUCGCUUUGGUAACUUUGAAUCAUAUGAGCGUGAGUUCUAUGAUAUGAUCCGGUCAGCCUUCCUCAAGUACUCCCUGCAGGUGCGCAUAGGCCGUAUGGAUGGAAUCUUUGUGGCGUUCCACAAUAUCGAACGAAUCUUUGGCUUCCAGUACAUCAGCUUGCCUGAAAUGGAUCAAGCUCUACACGGCCAAGAGGAUACUGCUCUAGGAGACACUGAAUUUCAGCUUAGCGUUGGAUUGUGGAACAAGAUCCUCGACAGGGCAACUAAAAAGUUCCCCGAACAGUCUCUGCGCAUCCACUUUGAGACCCGCGAGGCCGUGACACCCUUCAUGUACAUCUUCGUCGAGCCCGUUUCACCAGAACAGAUCGACGCCAUUCAAAAUAAGAACAAGGCCGAGAUUGAGGCAAUACAGAACCGCCUUCUCAACCUCAAACCUGAGGAAAAUGACUCCGAUCUGAAUGAAGAAUCUGAUUCUGAAAGUUCAGAACCAAUUAUUGAAGCUAGUGAGCCGGAAACUUCGGCUCAUCCAGAGUCCAUUUCCGAACCAACAGCUGAGUCAAUAAUCGAAUCAACACCCGCACCAGCAGCAGAUGAAACCGAAGGGAAGGAGACUGAAGAAGAGACCAAUGAGCGACCCCUCCUUGCAAUUGCACUGACGAUCAAGAACAAAAUCAAUGACAAGUACGUGCAACAAGUCGUGAAUUUCGGCCCAAAAGACAAAUGGGCAGUUGAAUACGAGAUCAACGACCUGUUGCCUUCUCACGGAAGGGCCCUGUAUAAGAUGUGUCAGACUCGCCGCCACAUAGCCUUGAAGGGUGGAGACGAGGACGAGGCUUCAGAAAAUGCGAAUAACAUAUUCUUCAGACGCCUUCGUGAGAUCAGCAAGCGUGGUCGUAAUCAUCGCAAGCGCGAGAACAAACUUGACAAAGAGCUGGGCAUAAUCGAGUACAAAGAGAAGAGGUGA